AUGGACAGUGAGGGGCGGGGAAAUUGCGGCGCUGCGUGUGGUCAGCAGCGAAAGCGAAAAUUGAUGUGCCGCGCAGCAGCGGGAUGUGGGCAGUGCAUUGUUUCAGGAGGCGAGCCCAGUGGUUCAGUAUCCACGCGGUGUCGGGAGACAAGCUCAGUGGUCCAGGAGGGCGGUUCGGAUCUUUGUCACGUUGUUUGGCGGAGGAGGAGCGGGAUGAGGAGCGGGGGGAGCGGGAGAAGGAGCAGGAGGAGGGGUGGGAAAAGGAGCGGGAAAAGGAAUGGGAGGAGGAGUGGGAGGAGGAGUGGGACGAGGAGCGGGAGAAGGAGCAGGAGGGGAAACGGGAAGGGGCAGGAGGAGGAGCGGGAAGAGGAGCGGCAGGGGAAACGGGGAGGGGGUUAGGAGCGGGAGAAGGAGCACGAGGGGAAACGAGAAGGGGCGGAGGAGGCACGGGAGGAGGAGUUGGAAACGGGGAGGGGGUUAACGAACGCGCUGGAGGCGGAGGAGCGGGAGGAGAUAUAGGUGAAGAAGGAGAAGCGGGAGGAGCGCGAGGAGGAGCGGAGAAGGAGCGAGAGGAGGAACGGGGGAAAGAGCAGGAGAAGCAGCGGGAGAAGGAUGAGCAGCAGGAGGGGGAGCGGGAGAAGGAGAGGGAGGAGGAGCAGGAAAAGGAGCGGGAACGAGGCAUCGGGAGGAGCGGGAGGAGCAGCAAGAGGGAGAGCGGGAGAAGGAGACGAAGGAGGAGAGGGAGGAGGAGAGGGAGGAGGAGAGGGAGGAGGAGAGGGAGGAGGAGCGGGAGAAGGAGCUGGAGCAGGGCAAUGGCGGGAUCUUUGUCACGUUGUUUGGCGAAGAAGGAGCGGGAGGAGGAGGAGGAGUGGAAGGAGCGGGAGAAGGAGCGGGAGGAGGAGUGGGAGAAGGAGCGCGAGGAGUGGGAGGGGAAACGGGAAGGGGCGGAGGAGGCGCGGGAGGAGGAGCGGGAGGAGGAGUGGGAGGAGGAGCGGCAGGGGAGACGGGGAGGGGGUUAGGAGCGGGAAAAGCGCGAGGGGAAACGGGAACGGGCGGAGAAAGCACCGGAGGACGAGCGGGAGAAGGAGCGGAAGGGUUGAAAGGGGGGCGGGGGCGGGGGUGGACAUUGAUUGAUUGACUGAUUGAUUGACUGAUUGAUUGAUUUUAUCCAAAAAAAAAAAAAAAAGAUCGCCCCAUUCUCCUUUUCGGUUUUGUUUUUUCAAUCAAUCAAAUCGACCAUG